AUGCUGGUCCCUAUCGCACCUCUUGUUGAUUCAAAGCGGAAAGAUCACGACACAGAUAUGGAUAUGGAUACGGAUGCGGGAUUCGGGAGCGGCUUGCAAGCGGAUCCAUUUUACAUUAAUGAUCCCGCGCUGGAGGAAUCGCCGUUUGGAAGACAGGUCGUGCUGGAUAUUUUGGAUAGUGUCCUGGACCUGAUCCCGACAUCGCCACGACUUGAACGUCUGGGUGAGAUCCUAGCGAAAUCUCAGUUUGAAGGCUGGGCAUAUGAAUCUGACUUCCAGGAUCAUUUGUACACAUGGGAGAACCUGCAGUCGGUUAUUCAGGCUAGCGACAAAGAGAUUAUGGACUGGCUCAAGGAACACCAUGCGUGCUUGAUCAAUGGACACUGGCGGUUGUUCAAGCGGCGGUUCAUGUUUGACAUUCUUCGGGAGAUCUUCUCGACCGCGAACGCUCUCGGGAUCGAGGCUAGUUCUGUGGACGCGGAGAGUAUAUGCACAGAGAUCGAGAAUGACACACCAGAGUCGGAAUCGGGAAUCGCGUCGUGGAUGGUCAAGCAUUGUAUAGCCAGCUUCUCGGAGGAUGCUGCGCCGUCGGACAUGACCAAAGCUGACCACUACUGUUUGUCGGAAAGGAAGGUGUCGACAUUCAUGGGAGUCCAUCUCCUCUCUUCUACAGAAAGGGGUCAUCGCUGGAGGUUGCAAGAUUUCAUGAUCAAAUGGAACGAGCUGUUGCAGGAACAUUUUAAGGCAGAUCUCAAAUACCUCGCUGGCGAGUACAUCGUGGAAUGUGACAAGGGGAUGGAUAAGACCCAACAACAGUACAUUCGCUACUUCCCGAAAUCCCAAUUACCCUUGGAUGCUGUAGCUCGCUUCACAGCGCUGUUCGAGGUCAAGCCCAAGUGGGAGGGUCCCGAGAUCCGGCCGUUCUUGCGGGAUUUGGUUUUGGACGAAAAGAAGCUGGAUAUCCUGUUGCUCAAGCAUGCCAGAAGUGUCAAGCAGCCUGGUGGAGGAAUCAUUUACAACAGCCGCGUCAUCAAAUAA